AUUAAAAAAAUUGUGGUACUUACUACUUUCAUUAAAUACAUUUCCCUAUAAAUAAUAAUCAAGGAGGAACAACUCAAAACCCAACCAAACUACUACUACUACUUUCUUGCUAAAAAAACUUUCCAUUUCUCUUUCUCACUCACUACUUGGAAAUGGGUUCACUACCCAAUUUGGAAAGUCCUCUCCAAACUUCAAGAAUUUCCACGGUUGUUCCUGCAACCCCACGAGGUGAAGAAAAUAGUGCAUACAACCUUAACUACAUGGACUUAUUAAUGAAACUUCACUAUAUCCGAUCCAUUUAUAUUUUCAAUUCUGAAUCGGUUCAAAACCUUUCAAUAUCCGAUUUAAAAACUCCAAUGUUUCCAUUACUUGAUUUAUACUCACAUGUUUCUGGUCGAGUUAGGGUAUCCGAGUCCGGAAGAGCGUUUAUCAAGUGCAACGACGCAGGAGUGCGCAUAGUGGAGUCGCAUUGUGAUAAAACUGUUGGUGAAUGGUUGGAUGAAAAUGAAUACUCUCUUGAUGGACUUGUUCAUGAUCAUGUUCUUGGUCCUGAUCUUGCUUUUUCUCCUUUGGUUUUUGUCAAGUUCACAUAUUUUAAAUGUGGAGGACUAUCAGUGGGACUAAGCUGGGCUCAUAUCCUAGGAGAUGCAUUUUCAGCUUUUAAGUUCAUUACUAAGUGGAGCCACAUACUAUCUGGUCAAGCUCCACCAAAAUCACUUCACAUGCCAAAUCUCACCAAACCUCAAUUCUUAUCAAAUUAUGAUUCUCAUAAUAAUAAUCCCAUUUCUAUCAAAAGGGCAACAAUUAUUGGGGGGUAUUGGCUUAAUCCUAAUGAUAGUUAUGUAGCUACUCACACUUUUCACAUCACUUCCAAACAACUUCAACAUUUGGUUACAUCAUACACAUAUUCCAAAUCUACCAAUAUCAACAAAAAAUAUUUUGAAAUUAUUUCAGCUAUGAUAUGGAAAUGUAUAGCACAAAUAAAAGGAGAUUUUGGACAUAAAGUUGUGACAAUAUGUACUACAAAUUUCUCUAAUAGGGUUGAAAAUGAAUUCCCAACAAAUGGCUUAGUGUUGAGCAAAAUUGAAACAAAUUUGUCACCUAAGGAAGUUGAUAUAUUAGAAUUAGUAAAACUAAUUGUUGAGAAAAAAAUAAAUGAGAAUUAUGUAUUGGAAAAAUUGGUGGAAGAAGGUGAAGGAAAAGAUGAUUUUAUUGUUUAUGGAGCAAAAUUAACAUUUGUUGAUUUAGAAGAAGCUGAUUUUUAUGGAGUAAAGAUUAAUGGACAAAAACCCAUUUUAGCAAAUUGUGAUUUUCAUGGUGUUGGUGAUCAAGGAGUUGUUUUGGUUCUUCCUGGACUAGAAGAUGAUGAUGGCAAUAAUGGAAGGAUGAUAACAAUUUCAUUGCCUCAGCAAGAACUUGACCAAUUGAAAUGUAAACUAGCAAAAGAAUGGGGUAUAUAAUAUUCUUCACAUUUUGGAUUUUUAUUUUAUUAAGUGUUAAUGUCAAUGGUUUAAUUAAUUGUGUUGUAUUGAUUGUUUUUUAUCCCUUUGAUUGAUUGUUGUUGUAUGUUAUAUAUCUCCAUAGUGCUAUUAUAUAAAAGUUUAGUAAAAUUAUCUAUUAAUAUUCAUUGUCUUGUAAG